AUGCGCUGCGCGCCUUGUCCAAACAAUCCUAUCCGCGUCUCCCGCAUCCGCAUCUUCCGCAUCCGCAUCUUCCGCGCCCGCAUAUUCCGCGUUCGCAUCUUCCGCGCCCGCAUCUUCCGCAUCUGCAUUUUCCGCAUCUGCAUCUUCCGCAUCCGCAUAUUCUGCAUCCGCAUAUUCCGCAUCCGCACAUUCCGCAUCCGCAUCUUCCGCAUCCGCGUCCUCCGCAUCCGCAUCCUCCGCGGGUUCGCCAAGGAGGAGGAGACCCCGGGGGCCGACCCCAGGAGCAUCGAGGAGCGUGACUCAGGCGGCGGACACGGCGUCAGUCAUGGCGGCGCACAUUGGUGGCGGACACUCUGCCCCGUCUUCCGGGGACCCAUCCCGGUGCCGUAUGCGGUGCCUGUAAGGCCGGGCACUGUCGUGCUGCCCCACGCACCCAGUAAAGGCCACGGCGGGCGGUGGCGGCGGAUACCGCGGCGGCGGCGGUGCACAUGGCGGCGGCGGAUAUGGCGGCGGCGGCGGCGGCGGCGGACAUGGAGGAUUUGGCGGCGGGAAAGGGUGGCGGACUCGUGGGCGGCUUUGGAAAGGGUGUGGAGGACGCGGCCGGCCCCGACCCGUCUACAGACCCAAGCCUCAUUACGGUCCCCCCUCCCCGCCGACCUCGGGCCGCGUCCCCACUACGGUCCUCCCCUCCGCAAGCCCAAGCCCGUUUACGGGCCGCCGAAGGCUAGCUACGGGCCGCCCAAGCCCGUCUACGGACCGCCCAAGCCCGUCUACGGACCGCCCAAGGCUACUUACGGACCGCCCAAGGCUACCUACGGGCCACCGCCGAAACCAAGCGGAAGCUACGGCGCGCCCAGCGCAGGCGGACACGGCGGCGGACACAGUGUCGGCGGUGGACACGGCGACGGACACGGUGACUCCCACAGUGUUGGCGGUGGACACGGCGACGUACACGGCGACUCCCACAGCGGAGGCUCCCAGCACUCUGCCUACGUUGCGCCCCCUCCCGAGCCGUCGUACUCCGCCCCCCAGCACGACGCCGGACACGGUGACGGACACGGUGACGGACACGGAAGCAUUGGAGGCUACAGCGGCGGCGGCGGAGGCGGUCACAACGGCGGCGGCGGUCACGACGGCGGCGUUCACGGCGGCGGCGGCGGCGGCAGUCACGGCAAAGGUGGCGGCGGCGGCGGCGGCGGCGGCGGCGGCGGCGGCGGCUACUCGGCGCCCGCCCAGCCGGCCCAGUCGUACGACGCGGCGCCCGUGCACCAGGCGGCCGACGAAUACGGAGCCCCAGAGCCGCAGGCGCAGGUCAGCUACGAGGCGCCAGUGCCGCAGGACUCGUACGAGUCGCCUGCGCAGGCCGCAGCGCAGCAGUACCAGGAGCCGCCUCAGGGGUACGAG